ACUAUCGCAGUAGUCAAGUCGAAGGGGAUUGAAAGAAAGAAAGAAAAUAAAAUAAAAUUAAUUUUGCUUUAUUUUUAUUGAAUUGAAUAAUUUUCCAUUCAUUUAAGAAUUUCUAGUGCGAGUGGUCAGAUACUUUUUAAAGUUUAUUCUAUAAUUCAAUUGAAUGUUCAUCGUUUUUGAUAACAGAACAGUAAACCGACUUGAUAGUUUUUUUUAUACACAUAUUUUUGCAACUAAGAAUUUAGCUAAGUUUUAUAGACAAAGAAUCAAAAUAUCUUAUUUUUUAAAAUAAUUUUGCGUGUAAAAUCUCUAAAUAUAUCUAAUAAGAGUGUCUUCAAUUAAACCAAAUCAAAACCAGCCAAAUAAAAUAAUCACACAUCCAAGAUGAGUGAGCGUGGAGCUGCUAGCCAAAUAGAAAACGAUGACGGCAGAAAAAACGAAAUUCGUGUAUGGUGUGAUGGCUGCUAUGAUAUGGUGCACUUUGGACAUGCGAAUUCUCUGCGACAAGCCAAAGCCCUUGGUGACAAACUGAUUGUCGGCGUCCAUACCGACGAGGAAAUCACCCAACACAAGGGUCCUCCAGUCUUUACACAGGAGGAGCGCUACAAAAUGGUCCGGGGAAUUAAGUGGGUCGAUGAGGUUAUCGAAGGCGCGCCAUAUGUGACCACCUUGGAAACACUCGACGAGUACGAUUGUGCUUUCUGUGUGCAUGGUGAUGACAUUACUAUGACAGCUGAUGGCAUUGACACUUAUCAUCUGGUGAAGGCAGCAAACCGAUACCAAGAAGUCAAGCGUACUGCUGGCGUCUCGACGACGGAUCUGGUUGGACGAAUGCUUUUACUAACCAAGAAUCAUUUCCAUCAAGGCACCAAGGAGUACUCGAUUGAGAAGGAGGGCUCAUCGAACAUGGGCCAAGACUCGACAGCGAAGAGUCCAUGGACCGGGUGUAGCCAGUUCCUGCCAACAACACAGAAAAUCAUCCAAUUCAGUGAUGGCAAAUCGCCGAAGCCCAACGACAGAAUUGUCUAUGUUGCUGGUGCAUUUGACCUGUUCCAUGUGGGUCACUUGGACUUCCUGGAGAAAGCGAAGCAACACGGUGAUUAUAUCAUUGUUGGACUUCACACCGACCCAGUUGUGAACGAGUACAAAGGUAGCAACUAUCCCAUUAUGAAUCUGCAUGAGCGCGUGCUUAGUGUGUUGGCAUGCAAGUACGUCAAUGAGGUGGUUAUCGGAGCACCGUAUUGUGUGACAGAGGAUUUAAUCGAUCACUUCAGUGUCGAUGUGGUGUGCCAUGGUCAGACGCCAAUCGCAUUCGAGAAUGGCAUUAUGGAUCCGUACGCCAUUCCAAAGACCAAGGGCAUCUUUGUGCUUAUCGAUUCUGAAAACACCAUGACGACAGAACGAAUCGUAGAACGUAUAAUCUCCCAUAGACUCGAUUUUGAACGCCGCAACGAAAGGAAGGAAAAGAAGGAGAUCGAAGCUUAUGAGGCGCAUCAGAAGUCAAAACUCACUCAAAAGGCCGGCUGAUUACAAUGCAUUACACUCCAACAACAGCAACAAAAAAAAUGUAACUGUCACAUAUUAUGAAUGUGAUUAGAAUCUGAUUUUUUUAUAAAUCAAUAAAUCUAUUUUUAUUUAAUAUUAAACUAUAAUUAAUUACCUAUUAAAUUUAAUCUAUAAGGAUUAUUAUAAUAUACGAAGUCCAAAUAUUACCAAAAAAUAAAUUUUAAUUGUGACCAUGAUAUUUAAUAUGCCUACUUAUGAUAUGUCCUGAAACUUAUAUUGUUAUUCUAUUUUCAAAUGUGUUAAAUUAUAACUAGCGUUCAUUUAAAUGUAUAUUAUGUGUAGUUAUGUAUCUUUUAAGUUAUUUAAGCUCACUUUAAGAUUCCACUACAAUUUUAUUUAGAUUUUUAUUUUCUUUAAUUAUACUUUUCUUUUGUAGAUUCUAUUUUUAAUGUAAAUAUUUUAUUGUUUCUUUUUUUGUAUGAUUGUUAGCAUUUUAUUAGAAUAAACAAUUUGUUGAAAAUUCAGACCCAAACCGAAAAAAAAUCAA